CGUCCUUCCCGCCCCGCACCGGCCUUCACUCUGGAGCGGCCCCGGCAGCCGCAGCAGGGGCGGCGGCGGCGGAUCGAGGAGCUCUCCAGGUCGUCCCGGGAGAGGCUGCUGCAGUCCCGGGACAGGAUGUUCUCCAAGUUCACCUCCAUCCUGCAGCACGCCGUGGAGGCGCUUGCACCUUCUCUUCCUCUGCAAGAAGAUUUUGUUUAUCACUGGAAGGCAAUCACCCAUUACUACAUAGAGACUUCAGAUGAUAAGGCCCCUGUGACUGAUACAAACAUUCCAUCCCAUCUGGAACAGAUGUUAGAUAUCCUGGUCCAAGAAGAAAAUGAACGGGAGUCUGGAGAGACAGGGCCGUGUAUGGAAUAUUUGCUCCAUCACAAGAUCUUGGAAACUUUGUAUACCCUAGGGAAAGCUGAUUGUCCUCCAGGAAUGAAGCAGCAGGUGUUGGUGUUCUACACGAAACUUCUGGGACGAAUCCGGCAGCCACUGCUUCCACACAUUAAUGUGCACAGGCCCGUGCAGAAAUUAAUUCGACUGUGUGGUGAAGUCCUUGCAACCCCAACAGAAAAUGAAGAGAUUCAGUUUCUCUGUAUUGUGUGUGCAAAGCUCAAACAGGAUCCCUACUUGGUUAAUUUUUUCCUAGAGAACAAGUUGAAAACAUUGGCUUCCAAAGGAGCAGCAAGUGUAAUUUCAGAAGACCCGUUAAAAGGUCAGGACUCCUUGUCCACAGACACGGGCCAGGCCCCUCAGCCAGAGGACCUGUCAGGUGCUGCUGGCGUGGAGCGGGCGGAGUCGGAAGAGGAGCCGCAGGCAGAUGCCCUGUCCAGCAGCCUGGACCACCUCAACGUCGUGUCGCUUCCAGAGGCCUCGGUUGUUCGUCCCAACCAGGACUACAAUUUAGUGAAUUCUCUGUUAAAUCUCACUCGAAGUCCCGACGGCCGCAUUGCAGUGAAAGCGUGUGAGGGCUUGAUGCUGUUAGUGAGUCUGCCGGAGCCUGCGGCCGCAAAGUGCCUUACACAGAGCACGUGCCUGUGCGAGCUCCUCACGGACAGGCUGGCCUCCCUGUACAAGGCCCUACCUCAGUCGGUGGAUCCCUUAGAUAUCGAAACAGUGGAAGCCAUUAACUGGGGCUUGGACUCGUACAGUCAUAAAGAAGAUGCUUCAGCUUUUCCAGGAAAACGAGCCUUAAUUUCAUUUCUUUCCUGGUUUGAUUAUUGCGAUCAACUCAUUAAGGAAGCACAAAAGACUGCUGCUGUUGCUCUUGCCAAAGCUGUUCACGAGCGGUUUUUCAUUGGUGUCAUGGAACCUCAGCUGAUGCAGACCUCUGAGAUGGGCAUUCUGACGUCAACCGCGCUGCUCCACCGCAUUGUUCGGCAAGUAACCUCUGACGUUUUGCUUCAAGAAAUGGUGUUUUUUAUCCUUGGAGAGCAGAGGGAACCCGAGACUCUGGCCGAAAUUGGCAGACACCCGUUGAGACAUAGGCUAAUUGAGCACUGUGAUCACAUAUCUGACGAGAUAAGCAUAAUGACAUUAAGAAUGUUUGAACAUCUUUUGCAAAAACCCAAUGAGCACAUUCUUUACAACCUGGUCCUAAGAAAUCUUGAAGAAAGGAAUUACACAGAAUAUAAGCCUUUGUGCCCAGAAGAUAAAGAUGUGGUGGAGAAUGGAUUGAUAGCAGGAGCAGUAGAUCUGGAAGAAGAUCCGUUAUUCACUGACAUCUCACCGGAUAACACUUUAUCAAACCAAGAGUGGCUUAGUUCUUCACCGCCUGCUACUCCAGACCACCCCAAGAAUGAUGGGAAAACGGAAGUCCAUAAAAUUGUCAAUAGUUUUCUCUGUCUGGUACCAGAUGAAGCAAAGUCCUCCUACCACGUUGAAGGUACCGGAUACGAUACCUACCUCCGAGAUGCUCACAGGCAGUUCCGGGACUACUGCGCUAUCUGCUUAAGAUGGGAGUGGCCCGGGUCUCCGAAAGCUUUGGAAAAGUGCAAUUUGGAAGCAACUUUCUUUGAAGGACAUUUUUUGAAAGUGUUAUUUGACAGAAUGGGAAGAAUUCUUGAUCAGCCCUAUGACGUAAAUUUACAAGUGACCUCGGUGUUGUCCAGACUUUCUCUCUUCCCUCAUCCACAUACACACGAGUACCUUCUGGAUCCGUACGUCAACCUUGCUUCUGGCUGUCGGUCGCUCUUCUCCGUGAUCGUCAGGGUUGUUGGGGAGCUUAUGGUGCGAAUUCAGCGCAUUCAAGACUUCACUCCCAAGCUUCUGUUAGUCAGAAGGCGGUUACUUGGUUUGGAACCUGAAGGCCCUGUUGUUGACCACAUCACCUUGCUGGAGGGUGUAAUUGUGUUGGAGGAGUUCUGCAAGGAACUGGCGGCCAUCGCGUUUGUGAAAUACCACGCUUCCUCCACGCCGUAAAUCAGGAGGGCAAAGGGACUGUUGUGUCGGUUUCAUCAGAAGGACUCAGUUCCAUCCAGCAAGAGGAUGAAAAGCCUUUUAAAAUGAAAUAUUGCCGUAAACUGGACAGAACCAUUAAGAACCUAUUGAGUGGGCACUCGGUAAAAUGUUAUCUUGUGUUUUUUUCAUUGGCUUUAUCCUAAUGGUUCUUCAUAUGAAAUUGCACGCUGAACCCAGCCUACAAUCAAAGGAACUUCAGGAAAUAAGCAUUUCUAAAGACUGUGUGAAAAGCUGCAAAAUUUCUGAUGUCAUAAUUUUGAUGAUAUUUCUGUUAUUUUAAUAUCCUUUUAGGUAGCAAGGCAUUUUGACAUUCUCUGGGACUCAGAUGCUUAUAUUCUUUUGAUUAAAAAGUAGCAAAAGAAUCACUAAUUUUAUAACUUUUUAAAAUUAGAAUUCUUAUCAAACAAAAUAUGAAAAAACUGUAAAUGAGAAAAAAUACAAUUCAGGAAACAUCAAAUGAGUUGAAUCUAGGUGAUAAGAAAGUGUAGCAUACCAUUAACUUCCUCAGUUUUUCUAAGAAUAACAAUUUAAUAUGAUAUAGAAAUUCUUGAUUAAUAUAUAUUUUUAAAGAAAUGUUCUUUUACUCCUUUGUGCACACAGCUAUGUUAGUGGCUGAUUUUCACGUGAGGGUCCCAGUUUAUUUAAAUUGUAUCAUUUUUGCAACAACAUUGAAUUUAUGCUCAUCAUUGGUAGUGUUGGCUAAAAUAGUAUUUUUUUUUUUAGGUAAUUGACAUGACAUGUGCUGGGUUGAGAACCUUUGUUUUCUCUCCCUCUCUGAAACUCGCUUCAUAAAAUUGCUUUAGAACUCAUGUUCUUACUGAAGCCCUUGGUAGUAUCGAGGUAGGGAACUGGCUGAUCACUCUUAGGAAGCAAUCAGAAUGCCAAUGGCCUUCUAAUGUUUACAUUUUCCCCAUUUUGUUCAGUCUUUUGUUUUAAAUGAUUCUAAAGAGGUAGAAGAAAAGAGUCUUUUAAAUGUCCUGUUUACAUGUGAGAGAAUCUAGGAGUUGGGUGUGGAUGCCCGAGGUGUGUGUGUAGGAGCCCCUAGUUGAGCGAGCUGCGCUGUGCACAGUGUGCUUGGAUGUGAUUUACAGAAUGGCGGCUGCUUGUCCUCUUUCUGUUAUUCCUUGAAGUGAUGCCUGUCACUCAAAUAUCGCUUUUGAACUAUUGGGGUUUUUUGUUUGUUUGUUUUAGUUCAGUGUUAAGCAGCAGCACUUUCCACUCACUGAUAUUUGAGGGAGCCGACUUCAAAGCAAAUGUUUCAGCUUAAAAGGAUCUGUUGCUACCCCUUAAAAAGCUGUUUACGUAGCACACCUGCCUAUGUACAAGUACAUCGUGUGGUGUGUCCACGGGCACGUUUUACACACGUUUGCUCGUGUUACUGUGUUUGUUGUUCUGAUUCAUAUUUAGUUUUUGCUAUUUAUUGAGAACAGAUUAUCAAAAGAUUAUGAAUAGUCUCAGCUGUAGAAUGCGCACCACUCUUGAGACACAAGGCUGCAUUUCUAAGUUCUGAUCUUCGUUAGCUCAAUCUAAGAAAUUUAUUAAGUAAAGCAAUGAAAAAACAGAAGUGGGAGAUAGUUACUUCACGCGUGAUUUUCUUUAAAUGAUUUUGAAGGAUGGGAAAGCAUUUUUCAGUUCGCCGUGCUCAUCAUCAGUUCCUGCAAAGAACUCUGCAGCAUCUCCAUUUUUUGCUGAAGUUUACAGUCUACUUUGACAUGGGUGUAUUUAAAGGAAGGCAUUAAGAGAUAUUAGACAUUUCUUACUGUUUCCAUAGUGCUCAGUAGAUGUGAUGGCAAUGAUGUUACCUCUCAAACCAAAUAUUUUUUAUCCUUGACUUCACAGUGGGACCUUCUAGCUAUUCCAUGAAACCAAGCUCAGAAAAGCUUUAA